AUGUCUGCAGACGACGAUGACUAUCUCUCAGACAAGUUCUUAGCCCCUUUGUCCUCGGCCCUACUGAAGCCGGUCACCUACUCGCAGCUACGAAAACAGGCUCAAAAGAGAUCACAAUCGAAGAAUGAGCAGAACAGAGUGAAGAGCAGGCGACAACGCGAGCUCGAGUCCCGUGAAGAGGGUCUUAGCAAGAGUUUGUUCGAACGCGCCAAAGAGGAGGAGACCGCUGGCAUUGGCUCAGGCAACAAAGCACUGUCGAUAAUGAUGAAGAUGGGGUUCAAACCAGGCCAACCUCUCGGAUAUCCUGGUCAAGUACAGACAGAUGGAGCUGAGUCGAAGGAGUCACAACCGCCUCCUGCCGUGGCUGAGCGGUCCACCUCUCCGUUGAGAAGCUCUAGCUCUGGGUCCGAUCCUACUCAAGCGGAAUCCCAUGCAAAACACAAAACUGAACCGUUACCAAUCCAAGAAUGGGUCGGCAGGCAGGGUAUCGGUCUAGGCAAACGUGCUCGUUCUCCCAGCGCUACGGAGCGUAUUGCAAAGAUGGCAAAGAUGGCUGAAGAAAAGGACCAUCGUGACUUCCGCGAGCGAGCCAGAGACGAGUACAACAAUCGAAAGGCCGAAGGGAGAUUAGCCCCCGCGCAACUGACCUGCUCAACCUUGGAUGAGCAAAUGGGGAAAGCGUUCAACGUUCUUUGGCUGAACCCCAACAACCCGAAUAUAUUCCCCGCUGGAUUGAUAGAUGCCUUAGCUAACCAUGGUAAUCUCUCCGUCGGUUCGGGGCACCAAGGAAACUCGGACUCCAUCGAGGACUGUGUUAGGAAGCAAAUGCAGGCUGAUGCGUUACAUCCUCUGGACAACGAUGACGACGGAUUAACGGCCAAGAUGAAGUCGUCAGUCCAGGGUGAAGAGCACUUUUCUUCUGACGUUCUCGAAGAGGCAACCCAGUUUCUCCGUCUCCAGCCACAGGAUCGCUUGCACCUUGUUCUUUCCUAUCUCCGUGAAAGGCACACAUACUGCUUUUGGUGUGGGGUCACGUACGAGAACGACGAACUCCAAAGUCAAUGCCCUGGACCGAACGAGGACGACCACGACUGA